AUGUUCUGCGCCAUCUCCGGAGAACCACCAAAGGUGCCGCUGGUAUCCAAAAAGAGCGGUCUCGUGUACGAACAGCGACUCAUCCACAAGUACAUCAACGACAAUGGAAAGGACCCCGUCACUGGUGAUACGCUCGAAUUGGACGACCUGAUCGAGAUCAAGUCAAGUCCCAAAACUGCGGUCCCACGCCCACCACAGCACAGCUCGAUCCCAUCUCUGCUCACAUCUCUGCAAAACGAGUAUGAUGCCAUCAUUCUCGAGACUUUCACGCUCAAAAAGCACUACGACAACUUGCGGCAGGAGUUGGCACACGCUCUGUACGCCAACGAUGCCAGCGCACGAGUGAUCGCACGCUUGCUCAACGAGAGAGAUCAGGCGAGGGAAGCGUUGGCAAGCAUUCAGGGCACCAUCGGUGCAGGACCUUCGUCGUCGCGAGCCGCACAAGACGUUGAGAUGUCAGACUCGGCGCACGGCGAGAAUGGGUCCAAUGCUGCUUUGACGAGCGCAAAUGGCUUGCCAGCCGACAUUGUUGACAAGAUCGACUCGACUGCACAAAGGCUGUCGUCCCAGCGAAGGGCGAAGGCGAAGCGCAAGGCGCCGGAUGCAUAUGCGACGCAGGCCACCGUACCAAACUUUGCAGAAGUGCAGAAGUUGCCAUCCAUGCACCACGCCAAACCUGCGGGCGUGUCCUGUCUCGCUCUGUCCGCAGACGGUAGCGUCGUUGUGACGGGAGGUAACGAUAAGAACGUUCAGGUGUAUGACCGCAAGGAGGAUCAAGUGCUCGCGACACUCAAAGGGCACUCCAAGCGUAUCACCCAAGUGGCCAUUACCGGCAUCUCUGACGCGCCUAUCGGAUCUGAAGCCGCGACCGAUGCGGCGGUGCUGCCGAGCUACAUUGUUUCUGCCAGCGAGGAUGGGAAAGUCAAAGUAUGGGAGCCGAGCGGCGCGACUGGUGCCAAGGCGCAAGCGUAUGCGCUCUCGAGCACCUCAGAAGCACACAAGAGCGAAGUGACGGGUGUCGACAUCCACCCCUCGGAAGCGUUCUACGGCUCUGCGGGUCGUGACGGCACCAUCUCGUUCCGUUCCCUCGCCGAUGGCUCCGACCUUCUCCUCAUCAACGCCGACCUCGGCGAUUCGUACGAAUCCUUCGCAUUCCAUCCAGACGGCCAGCUCGCCGCCACCGGCACAUCCGCCGGCGCCAUCCGCAUCUGGGAAGUCAAAUCCGGCGCCAACGCCUCGACCAUCCAAACCGAGCUUCCCGGUCGAGUUUCUUCGCUCCACUUUAGCGAGAAUGGCUACUAUCUCGCUGCAGCCAGCGAAGAGGGCAAGCAAGUCGAAGUGUGGGAUCUGCGAAAGCUCACCGCUGUCGGAAAGCUCGCCAUCGAGGAGGAAGGAAAGACGGGCGUGUCUGCGGUCAGAUUCGACCCUUCGCUUCAGUUUUUGGCUGUGACGACCGACAGCAUCAAUGUGUACGCGAACAAGUCGUGGAACCAUCUGGUCAAGCUGGAAGGGUUGGAGAGGUUGACAGGGUUGGCAUGGGAUGCCAAGGACGGAAGUGUGGUCGUUUCUAGUCUCGACCGUACUGUCCGAAGCUUCAGCACCGCUGCUUGA